AUGGGAGGCAGCGAUUCCAUUCAACAAAAAAUUGAAUCCUCCGUCUUUGUCAAGCUCAACUCAUCAGGUCGUCCCUUCGAGGAGCAUUACGUCGCGCAUAUCAAGAUAUGGGAAGCAGCGCAGGACGGAAAAGGGAGAAAGUCCAGAUAUAUCAUUCUCUCACAGGCCAGCGACAAGUCAGGAUACAUUCAUAAGGCGAAACUCAAUUGCAACGGUGCUUUCUCUGUCGGAAAAACGUGGCCCCUCGAGGAGCUUCGCGAGGUCGAGGUUGUCAACUCAUUGGUCUUCGAGAUCACUCCCAGUGCCACAACCUACAGAUGGCAAGCAGACAAUCCGAAGGACCAAGCAGAGUUUGUAGCUUCCCUAAUCAAACUCUUUCAGACUGUGACGGGAGGAGCUGUACCUUUGAGAUUGAUUGGUGUCAAGAUGUCCGAUGGAGUCCCUGCUGCCAAGCCGUCUCCUCCGCACUUUGGAUCAACGCGUCUACGCCGUCCGCCCACGACAGAGAGUGACAAGACGGCUCAUAGCGGGACAUCUGAAUCUGCUGCUGCUGACUCCCUUGAGCACGCGUCGACGAAGCCAGUCUCACGGAACCCUCCGAUUGUAAUAUGGAAACGCCCCGUAGACGUCUCACAGCUGCCACCCUUCCCGCCUACUCCUCUUCCUACCUUGACGUGA